AUGCCGAAGGAGAUUCUUUUGGAUGAAGUAACCCCGGGAGCUCAUUCCUGUAUGGUAAAAAUAAAUGUUUUUGCUUGUGGUGGUAUUGCCAUAGGCGUCGUUGCUCAACACAAAUUUUUUGAUGGAAGUAAUCUGUUUAUAUUUGUCAAAACUUGGGCUGGAAUGACAGCAGGAGGUGGAAGAGCGCAUACAUAUCAAUCACCCGAUUUUAGUGCCUCGAUUAUCUUUCCUCAAAACAAUGGAUUCCCUCAAGAUUUAACCAGUGCAAGUUUGUCGAGUGUCUUCGUGAGAAAGGGCAAGCCUGCUACAAGUAGAUUUGUGUUUGAUGGGCAUAUCAUAAGCAAACUUAAAACCCAAGCAACUAAUUACGGCAUUCAGAACCCGACCCGAAAGGUAAAAUCAGGUGCCCCAAAGUCUGUUGUGAUAACAAAUGCUGUAAACUUGCGGCCAAGGGCUUCCCCGCCAUUCACGAGUGCUAGCGUGGGGAAUUUUGUAUUGCUAGUAAGCAUGAUAACAAAAGUAGAAGAAACAGAUUUGGGUAGCUUCGUGCACCAGACGAGGGAAGCACUAUCGAGGAUCGAUGGUGAUCUUGUGAAGAGCCUUCAAGGUGAUCAAGGGUUGGGAAAUCUUUGUGGGUACAUGAAAAGGUUUCGUGAAUUAAAUUCUAAGGCCAAGUCCGAUGGAGCGGAAUCAAUAUCGUUUAAUAGCGGGUGUAACAUGGGGCAAUAUGAUGUCGACUAUGGAUGGGGAAAACCUUUAUGGGUUCCAUUUCUUGGUAUGGUCCGAUCGUAUCCAAUAUUCUUCAUCCAGCUCAUGGACACAAGGCGUGGUAAGGGAAUUGAAGCAUGGUUGAUGUUGGAUGAACCAGUCAUCUCCAUGCUUGAGCAUGACAAGCUACUUCUUUCUACAGCCUCAUUAGAUCCAAGUCCUCUGCAAAUCGGUUCGCUAAAAUCGAGUCUUUGA